UUUUUUCAUCGGCGGUGGUAAAAAUGACAAAUUUCCCAAUUUGUCCUCUAAUUCCUGUUGCACUUCCAAUUCUUCCAUGAUUGAAAAAAAAAAAUUCUUCUUUCAAAAAUCAAAACAUUCGGGUAAAACAACUUCGGAAGUAAGGUCAGUUACACUUGGAUGAUCUUGUCUUCUGUAUGGACCUCGAAUAAAUUUUUGCGGAAAAGAUGAACAUAUUCUUCCACUUUUACCGCCAAUGUACGAUGUCAUGCGACAGGAAGAAGGACACCAUAAUACUGUCUCUUCUUGUUCGUGAAGAAUAUUUUCUUAUAUGCACACGCACAAGACUUCGCAUCCGGACGCUACGAGAAUAUUAAGAUAUAGGUCAAGUGCGGCCGGUACCGCGUAAGGAAUCAUGCACUGGGGAAGGACAAUUAUAUGUACUGGGCAAUAGUCGAAGAAACACUUGCAAAGAAAAUCAAAUUAAUCACUAAUCCCUCCUCCCCCCUUUUUAAACAAGUGGCAGGCCGUUGCUAAUAUUUCCAAGGAGAUUUUGUUGCCCUGGGCAAUCAUCAGAAUACUUUCAAGGACCUACCCUCAGGGCAUUAGAUGGGUGAAGAGGAAAAAAAAAAUGGGAAGUGGUUUGCAACGUAAUUAGAUGAACAGGAUUGUUUACAGUACAAUAAUUCUCGAUUUCAUGAAAAUUCAAUUGACUGCACGUUUACACGCUCUGAAGGUUACGGCUGUCAAGUCAUUAGAUCCUGGUCUACGGGAUUGAUCUUUAACGCGCUUAGAAAUGAUGUUUCGCUAAAAUACUACCAAUCCCCUCUCUAUUAAUAUAAUUGAAACGUCAUCACUGUGGUAAUAAAUUUUUUUGGAAUAAAAUGGAAAGUGAAAAAAAUUCACCAGUGGAAGAUAAAGAUGUUAAUGAAUCUUUAGAUUCAGUGCAGGAAGAAAAUGCAUUAGUUGAAAAAGCAACUGAAGCAACUGAAGAAAUUGGCGAUGAUUAUGGAUGUGAGCACUAUAAACGAAAAUCAAAAUUUGUGACACCAUGUUGUAAUAAAGUUUAUACAUGUCGAUUUUGUCACGAUGAACAGGAAACGCAUACUGUUAAAAGAAAAGAGGUCACUGAAUUAAUUUGCGUUUUAUGUGAUACUCGUCAACCAGUGCAGGCCACAUGCCAAAAAUGUCACUGUCGUUUUGGCAAAUACACCUGCCUUGAAUGCAACCUGUUUGAUGAUGUUGAUAAAAAACAAUAUCAUUGUAAUGGUUGCGGUAUAUGUAGACUUGGAGGUCGUGAUAGAUUUUUCCAUUGUGCCAAGUGUAACAUGUGUUUACCUGUGGAACUGCAAAAUGGACACAAGUGUGUGGAAAAUGUAUCGCACUCGAAUUGUCCCGUUUGUUUAGAUUUUAUUCAUACAAGUCGUAUUCCAUGUCAUAUACCAACUUGUGGACAUUUACUUCAUGGAAUUUGUUUUCAAGAUCUUCUUCAUUCGGGACAUUAUGCUUGUCCAACUUGUCAAACUUCGCUUCUCGAUAUGACUGAAUUGUGGCGAUUUUUGGAUAGCGAAGUAAUUCUCACUCCAAUGCCACCUGAAUAUGAAGAUAUAAUGGUUGAAAUUCUCUGCAAGGACUGUCAUAAAGAAUCAACUGUUAAAUUUCACAUAGUUGGCCUAAAAUGUCUAAGAUGUGGAAGUUAUAAUACUUGCAGAAUUAAGGAAACUUCCGGUUUGUGUAACAAUCAAGCAGGUGAAGUCGCGAGCGGAAGCGGUGAAGCUGAUCAUUGAUAAAAAAAAAAAAUGAUGAAUGGCGAAAUCAUUAAUUUGAAUUCGAAAAAAAAACAUUCCAAGGUUAAAAAUCACAUUAUUUAUGAUAGUGUGAUAUUUUGGUAAUAUUUUCCUUUUUUUAGAUAAGUAUUCAAAGUAGACAAUUUUAUUCUCAUAUCACACGUAGAUUGAUUUCAAUUAAGAAAUUGUAAUAUAUAUAUAUACAUAUAGGUUUUUAGAUUUUUUAAAUUAGUCAAUAAUUAGGAUCUAUUAAUGGUUUUUCAACAAUUUUUUUUUUUGCCAAACUAAAAAAGAAGUUUAAAAAUUUUCUUCAAUUAUAAAUACCAACGAUCUCUAAUUUUACUUUUUUUAGUUAAUAGUAAAUCAUUUAAAUUUUGUUAUUUUAUCCUUUUCUAUAGAUUAUUUUUUAGCAUUUAAUACUUGUUUUUUUUUUUAAUUAUCUUUCACAAUUUCUAAUUUUAGUUACUUUUUACAAUUUUAACUUUCAAAAUCCUUUAUAAUUUGUACUUUUUUAAAUACUUUUUUUUUCUAAUUAAAAGGAAUUAUUAUUAACUGAUUUUAAUUUCCGAAAGUAUUGUAUUUUAAGACAAGUCGUUUAUCAAAAAAAAAAAGGUUUGUUAAUUGUUUUUAAUAUUCUAGAUAUAAUUAAUAAUUAGAAGAGAUAUUGCAAUUGUUUGUUAAAAAAAAAAUAUGAAAGAUUUUCUCGUUUUUUCCAAUGAAGCUUUUAAAAGACAUUUUUCUUGAUCAUUGAUCAAAAAUAGGUUAAUAGUUAAAAAAUAAAAUUUUUGAAAUAUUGUUCUUUACUAGAUUAUUAUUAUUAUUAUAUAAUGCUAUUAAAUUGUAUAAGUUUUAUAAUUUAUAAAAAUUUGACCAAUUUUCGCUCGUUGAAAAUUUUGUUACCGUAUGAAAAUAAUUAUAAUGGUAAAAAAAAUAUAUAUAUAUAUUUCAAUAUAAUUUUAUUAGUUUAGAAAUUUUUAUAAAUGAUUUUAUCAAUCAUAAACAAAAAAAAAAAAAUUCAUCAUUCCAUAUUAGAAAAAUAUCUUAAAUAAAAUUUUAAUUUAAAAUAAUUCCAAUAAAUGUAAUAAUUAUAUAUAUAUAUAUAAAUGUAAUUCAUUCCGUAAUUGUGUCUUCGUUUUAGUGUCGACUGAAAUUUUAUUCAUGCUGUGUUACUCGAUAUAUAUUAAAUAAAAUUUGCACUUUGUGAUCAGUAAA